GUUUUUGUUAUUAAAGGGCAAAUAUUGAUAAAUCUGAUUGCUCUAGUGUCAACUGCCAUAGCCCUCCCUCUGAGGCGUUCAUAUUGGCAAUGAAUGCUUGUCUCGGAAUUUCAGAGAUGGUGUACUGCGCUUGCGCCAUAGUGUUUGAAACGAGAUUUCUGUAAGAGCUCGGUCGCUGCAGUCGUGUAGCCGUGCGAGAAGGUGCACUAGGGAACCGAGCCCAGCUGGACCGGAAUCGAGCAGGACUCUUUUUUGACAUAUCUCACAAACUACUGUUUUAUCUUAGUUUAUUUCCCUGCUUUUACGCAUUUUCCACGGUCUCCCCAUUGAUCAAUUCUAAAUCACAGCCAUGUCGACCAAGGAAGACAAGCCCGCAGAAAUCAAGUCCAGUUGGAAAGACGCUAUCUACAAUCCACGCACAGGAGAGUUCAUUGGACGAACCGCCACCAGUUGGGCUCUGAUCUUCGUCUUCUACCUGGUCUUCUAUGGCUUCCUGGCUGGCUUCUUCACCCUCACCAUGUGGGUGAUGCUGCAGACCCUGAGUAACGACGUGCCCAAAUACCAGGACCGAGUGCCCAGUCCAGGUGUGGUGAUCCGGCCCAAGGUACUGGACAUCUCCUUCAACCGCUCCAAUCCCCUGGACUACGCCAACUACGUCAAGCACCUGGAGAACUUACUGCAGAAGUACAACGACACGGUGCAGGAGAAGAACGACCUGUGCAUGGUGAACGAGUACACGGAGCAGGACGAGGAGCAGGUGAAGAAGGUGUGUCAGUUCAAGCGCAGCCAGCUGCGGCAGUGCUCGGGCCUGGCUGACACCACCUUCGGCUACUCCGAGGGCAAGCCCUGCAUCCUGGUCAAGAUGAACAGGAUUAUUGGGCUGAGACCCAAGGGAGAGCCCUUUAUCAACUGCACAGCCAAGAGAGACACCCCUCUAACGUUCUCUUAUUACCCCCCUCGGGGCAAGAUUGACAAGAUGUUCUUCCCCUACUACGGAAAACAAUUACAUACCGAGUACGUGCAGCCCCUGGUGGGUGUGAAGCUGCACCUGGCCAAGGAGGACUACAACACGGAGAUCACCAUCGAGUGCAAGGUGGACGGCUCCAACCUGAAGAACGCUGACGAGCGUGACAAGUUCCUGGGCCGCGUCACGUUCCGGGUGACGGUGUCCGAGUAGACGCCCCCCCCCCCCCAC